CGGCAGAAAGUAUAUGGAUAGAAAAGGGGAAGUGAACCAUUACCACAUGCAAAGGAAAUUAAUAGAAGAAGACUGGGAAGAGAAUCGAACAAAAUGGGAGAAAAGAGGGAGCUUGAUCUUUGAUUGUGACUUGAUCAAGUACUACAAUAUGACAUUUAUUAAGUACUACUAACACCUUAUUAAAAACAGAAAUCGAGCUUCUAUUCACAGUGACUGGGCCGCCCGGUCAAAGUUCGUAUUUGCUAGACAAUUUGACCUGUUUCAUUUUUCACCGCUGCAUUAUCUUGUCUUUCAUACUCAUGUCGCUUUGAUUGAUUUGAAUGCAGAUCUAUGGAGUUGAUCCAAUGUAGUUAUUGAAGUCUUAAAAAUGGCGCAACCAAAGAAAAAUCUCAAGAAUUUGAUCCCACUUUUCAUCCUCCUAUCUCUCUCGGCCCUCUUCCUCUUCUCCUUCUCGCCCUCCCCAGCAUUAAUCACUCACCCUCCCACCCCGCUCCACCUCCAGACACCUACCACCACCACCGCUGACAACAAAAACUUCACUUUCAUCAUCAAGCUGCUCACAUACAACCGCCUGUCCUCACUCUCCCGCUGCAUCAACUCCCUCGCCGCAGCCCACUACGACGGUCACCCCGUCCACCUCCACAUCUAUAUUGACCACUUCCCCAUCCCCCCCAACGGUUCCCUCUACAUUGACCAGAACCUCAAUUCGUCAAGGCAGAUACUCCAUUUUGUUGAUGGUUUUGCUUGGAAAUUCGGCAGCAAGGUCGUGCAUUACAGGACUUCCAAUGCGGGCCUGCAGGCGCAGUGGUUGGAGGCCUGGUGGCCUAGCUCAGAUGACGAGUUUGCCUUCGUGGUGGAGGAUGAUCUCGAGGUCUCGUCUUUGUACUUUAGGUUUCUGAAGAAUCUGAUUGUGCAUUAUUACUAUAAUACUUCGAAUUUCAGCCCGAUGAUCUAUGGGGCAUCCCUGCAGCGCCCUAGGUUUGUUCCAGGUAAGCAUGGAAACAAAAUGGAAGUAGAUAGUAGAACUCGGGUCUUUCUAUACCAGUUGGUUGGAACUUGGGGCCAACUUUUGUUUCCAAGACCUUGGAAAGAGUUCCGUUUGUGGUAUGACACUCACAAGUCUAAGGGCAUGAAACCUUUUCUGGAUGGAAUGAUUACAACCGGAUGGUACAAAAAGAUGGGAGAAAGAAUAUGGACUCCUUGGUUUAUUAAAUUCAUUCAAGCUCGUGGUUACUUCAAUAUCUAUACAAAUCUUUUGCAUGAAAGAGCACUCAGUGUGUCUCAUCGGGAUGCUGGUGUGAACUAUGGGAAAUCAGCUGGACCAGAUUCCAACUUAGUUAGUGAGAAUUCUAUUGAUGCAAAUCAUUUGGAAUUGCACCCUUUGCAUAGCAUGAAGUGGUAUGAUUUCUGCUUCAAAGAAGUUUUUGUUGACAGGAUUGUACAGAACUUCAAUGAACUUGGGUUGGUUCUCCCCUCUCUGCAGAAACUGAGUAACAUUAUACUUGUGACCAUACAUCAUGAGUCAGAGUCUGUUGUGAGGAACUUGCUUUGUCAUUUUGAGAGAACGUAUAUCCGAAACUACAUAUUAAUGGGCCCAAAGUCCGAUCUCUUAAUUGAUCUCGCAAGGAGAGGGCACCCUGUCAUCGACUCAGGCAGAAUGUACGAGAAUAUCAGAGUUUUGGACAAUUCUACCCUUGAACCGAGUAAGGAGAUUUUUGUCCAGGCAUAUGUGAUUAGAAAGUCCUUGGAACUGGGGUUAGGCAUCGCUGUGGCAGAUAUCAACCGGAUUCCUCUGAACAGUGAUUCCUUCCUCAAUAUCUUCGAUCUUGACCGAACUAAUGAUUUCUUUCUGGGAAAGAACUUGGAAUUAAUCCUUAUUAGGAGUUCAUCUUCUGCCUUGAAAACUUGGAAUGACAACAUUCUGACCGAGUUAGGUGGCGAGGAUGCGACCACAAAUGGGAAGAAUUUUGUCCAAGUGGUCAAAAAGUUAUUUGAGCAGAAAAAAGUUAAAUUCAACACCUUCGAUGAAAACAGUUCUAGUGUAAAUGCCAGUUCAUUAAACACCACCCAAAUGUCAAUACCAAAUGAUGCGAGAUUUGUGUUUUGGUCUUCAGAGAUGAAUACAGAUCUGAUUCAGCAGCAGCUUGUGCAGAUAGGUCUGUGGAUUAUUGAUAGUGAUAUGUCUUGCACUUCAGUCAUUUGCUACCCUCCGUGACUUUUGAUGGCAUUAGCAGUAAGACAUUGUUACUUGGGUACUCCAUAUUUGCAAGUAUAGUUAAAGUUAAAUGCCAAAUUGUGGAUCAGAGUAUAGUGACAAUUCCCAAUUUUGUCUCAGAGUUUCUGUGUCGCUUGGUUGCAUCUAUGACUAUGCAAACUUUCCCAAUAUAGUCCAUUCUAACUGUAAUUCAGUUUUUACUCCACAUAUGAAUACUGAAAUUCCCCCGAAUAUUUCAAUGAAAACUGCUUUGGUUAUGUUUAAACGGGAUACAAUGGCUUAUAUGGGGAGGCAGAUAAUAGGUUAGAGCAUUGCAGUCUUUCUUGCUGCAGUAGUCUAUUGUCUUUAGCUGGAGAAGAAGUGAUGAACCAUGGUGGUCAUCUAUACCUUUUAGGCCCACCCCAUAUUUAAAUGCAUCUGGAUUGCCACAGAUAUUGUAAAUUUGGGGCCCAAUGUUGAACUAAACCACUGCUUUUGUUGCCUUCUUUGUUCUAAGUUCUAACAGUUCAUUUAUGGUGUACACUUUUCUUUCUUUUGUAAUGGAAUAAUGAAUGAUUCGUACUUAAUCUUUUGUUGUUGUAGUAGUGAC